AUGUAUAAGCUGAUAUCCUGUUGGCUUUUCCUCGGAUGCUUACAUCCUCAUUUCUCUCUGCCUGUCCCUGACCCCAGGGAAGAGGUCCUACAGCUCUCAGCACAUGAUGGAGACACAAGAUUGGCCUUGGAUGAACUGGAAAGAGUGUCCCUUUUGCAAAUGCUGCUGGAGAGACCAGGGGCAGAGAGGGAGGACGGUCUUAGGGAAGCAGGUCUCAGUACCGACAUUGCUCACCAUAAAGGAAGUAUGAGAAAGUUUCAGGCUUUCUCUGGACAAGAUCCUAACAUUUUCCUGAGUCAUCUUUUGGGCAGAAUCAGAAAACCAGAUAAGAAACAUGGACCUUCCUCUGAAUGCUUCUGGAAAUACUGUGUCUGAAGUGAAAUGAACACCUACUAGUCAACUCAAAAACAAUCAUCUUAGAAAG